UCUCUGUCAGCGUUUGUGGUCCCCGGAAACAGCGUCAGAGUGAGCCCUCUUGCUGCUCCUCCUCUGUGUCUCCGCCCUCCUCAGUGGUUUCCUCAGGUGGAGUCAGCAGCAGCAGGACGGAGGAAUGUGACUGUCCGUGUUCUUCAGGCCUCUCAGUGGAACAAACCAUGGAAAGAAAACCUGCAAACCUCACCUGGAGUUAAAGAAACCCGGAUUAAACACUGUAGCUAUGAGGAACAGAGAGCACCUGACCCAGGAGAGGAUCUUUGGAGGCUGUUUGUGACACAGUGGAUUACUUUGAAUCUCGUCCAGGUGUGGCUGCUGAACUCACCUGAGGCUGCUGAACUCACCUGAGGCUGCAGAGACUUCCACUUUAGAGAUUUGAGGACACUUUGCCACGAUGCCAGAGCUCAUCUCUGUGACUGAGUUCAUCUCAGAGACCAAUGAGGACUACAAAGCCCCCACCACGUCCAGCUUCACCACUCGGAUGUCCCACUGCAGGAACACAGUGGCAGCUCUGGAGGAGGUUCUGGACGUGGACAGAUCCGUUCUGUACAAAAUCAAGAAGUCAGUGAAGGCCAUCCACACGUCUGGACUGAAUCAUGUAGAAAACGACGAGCAGUACAUCCAGUCCAUGGAGAAGUUUGGAGACUGUGCCAGCAGGGAGAACGCCGAGGUCGGCUCGGCUUUCCGGACGUUCGCCGUUUACACCAAAGAGCUGACGGCGCUCUUCAAAAACCUGUUGCAGAACAUGAACAACAUCAUCACGUUCCCUCUGGACAGUCUGCUGAAAGGAGACCUGAAGGGAGUCAAAGGGGAUCUGAAGAAGUCGUUCGACAAGAGCUGGAAGGAUUACGAGACCAAGCUAACGAAAAUCGAGAAGGAGAAGCGGGAGCACGCCAAGCAGCACGGGAUGAUCCGCACGGAGUUCAGCGGAGGAGAGAUCGCCGAGGAGAUGGAGAAAGAGAGGCGGCUGUUUCAGCUGCAGAUGUGUGAAUAUCUUCUGAAAGUGAACGAGAUCAAAGUGAAGAAAGGCGCCGACUUCCUCCAGAACCUCAUCAAGUAUUACCACGCUCAGUGCAAUUUCUUCCAGGACGGUCUGAAGGCUGUGGAGAGUUUGAAACCCGCCGUAGAGAAACUGACUACAGACCUGACGGGGAUUAAACAGACUCAGGACGGAGAGAGGAAACAGCUGAUUCAGCUCCGAGACGUCCUGAAGGCCUCGCUGCAGUCGGAGCAGAAAGAAGACAAUCAAGCCAAACAGAACUCAGGUUACAGCCUCCACCAGCUGCAGGGGAACAAGGCUCACGGCACCGAACGCUCCGGAUUCCUCUUCAAGAAAAGUGAGGGACUGAGGAAAGUGUGGCAGAAGAGGAAAUGUUCGGUGAGGAACGGUUUCCUGACGAUCUCCCACGGCACGGCUAACAGACCUCCUGCCAAACUCAACCUGCUCACCUGCCAGGUGAAGAGGAACCCAGAAGAGAAGAAGAGCUUCGACUUGUUUUCACACGACAGAACGUAUCACUUCCAGACUGAGGAUGAAGCCGAGUGUCAGAUCUGGGUGUCCGUGCUGCAGAACAGCAAAGAGGAGGCGCUGAACAAAGCCUUUAAAGGAGACCAGGACGAAGGAGAGAACAACAUCGUGCAGGAGCUGACCAAAGCCAUUGUGGUGGAGGUGAAGAGGAUGAGCGGCAACAACGGCUGCUGCGACUGUGGAGCUCCUGCUCCCACCUGGCUGUCCACCAACCUCGGUGUACUGAUCUGCAUCGAGUGCUCGGGGAUCCACAGGGAGAUGGGAGUCCACUACUCUCGGAUCCAGAGUCUGGACCUGGACGUCCUUGGGACCUCAGAGCUGCUGUUGGCGAAGAAUGUGGGAAAUGCAAGCUUCAAUGAAAUAAUGGAGGCUGAUCUGUUGGAGCAGGAUGUAACCAAACCCAAUCCAACCAGCGACAUGCAGAUGAGGAAGGACUACAUCACAGCGAAGUACACGGAGAAGCGUUUCGCUCAGCGGCUGUGUGCCGACGCCGCGGACAGGCUGCAGACUCUGUACGAGUCCGUCAGGAACAGAGACAUCCAGUCUCUGCUCCAGGUCUACGCUGAGGGGGUGGAUCUGAUGGAGGCCAGUUCACAGCCCAACGAACACGAACCUGGAGAAACCGUUCUCCACCUGGCGGUCCGAAUGGGGGACAGAAACUCCCUCCACAUCAUAGACUUCCUCGCUCAGAACAGUGGUAACCUGGACAAGCAGACGGCCAAAGGAAGCACGGCGCUGCAUUACUGCUGUCUGACGGACAACAGCGAGUGUCUGAAACUGCUGCUGAGAGGAAAAGCUUCAGUGUCCAUCACAAACGAAGCCGGAGAGACGCCGCUUGACAUCGCUAAACGUCUCCGACACACUCAGUGUGAAGAACUGUUGACUCAGGCUCAGACAGGAAAGUUCAACGUGCACGUCCACGUGGAGUACGAGUGGCGUCUCCAGAACGAGGACUUAGACGAGAGCGAGGACGAGAUGGAGGACAAGCCGAUCCCCAACCGGAGAGAUGAGCGUCCGGUCAGCUGCUUCGUGCCCGGCAGCGGCCCCAUGCAGCCCAACAUAGGGGCGCUGGCCCGGGACGCCGCCUUCCUGGCACGGGACAAGCAGAGGCCUCAGGUCCCCAGUAUGAUGAUCAGCAACGAGACUUACGGCACCAUGAUGGACCUCAACAUGCCGCCACACGGACCAAUGCCACAGCUGCCUCCCAGAGUGCCCAACAGAGGGCACAAUAAACCUGCUACCAUUGAAACAGUUGGAAGACAGCGGUCGUCCUCUGACCCCCCAAACCCUCAAGCCCCCGAGAGGAACUCCUCCAUGUACGUGUUACCAGCAGCUCCUCCUCCUCCAGUAAACAAGAGGGCCAGCAUGUUGGACACCAAGACCCUGUCAGCCAGGAACACCCCCCUCCCUCCUCUACCUCCCCCACCAACAGCAGGUCCCCCCUCAGCACCUUUAGCUCCACCCAUCCCACCUCCACCCUACUUUAAAGCUCCAUCAGUCCCAGGUCACCAGACCAGUAGACCGCCUGGACCGAAGUCCCCCAAAUCACCAAGUGGAUCAGGGAGGAGUCCUCCACAGAGACCCCCUCUCAGGACCCCCUCUGUGGGCAAACGAGGAUCACUCUCCAAAUCCCCCCAGAGUCCUAAUCCUCCGACACCCAAACCCAGAAGCACCUUCACCAAGCAGAAGCCUCAGAGGGUGAUAGCCAUCUACAACUGUUCAGCUGAUAACCCCGACGAGCUGACGUUCAAAGAGGGAGAGGUGAUCGUGGUGGACUGCGAGGAGGACAACGAGUGGUGGGUGGGUCACGUUGAAGGAGAUCCGACCAGGAGAGGAGCGUUUCCCGUCACCUUCGUUCACUUCAUCACAGAGUGACGCCCUUCGUACACUUCCCUCUCUCUCUCUCUCUCCUCCACCUCGGUCUGAACUGAAACACCCCAGAUAAAGACUCAAAGUGAUCCUCUGGAGACCUGGACCUGCAAGUCAGCUGCAACAAACAACAAGAGUCCCUGAAGCUCCACAAGGGAAUGAUUCUAUCUGACCUUGUUCAUGUAGCGGUGGCGUCCUCUGUCCUGAUGUAAUAAAGCCAACUGUGGGUUUAGAGCGACACCAUGGAGAGAAAACCAAACUUAUUCUAUGUUUUCAUAUCAACACAACAUGGGGCGCAUAACUCAUGCUAGUCCAGGUGAGAUGCUAACGGCCAAAUUCCACCAGAUCCAUGUCCGGUCCGUCUCUGAUCUGUCACAGCACCAGAUCUGAUAGGUUUCUAUUCUAGUCAAUGUGUUAACUUCCACUGGAUCCACUCUAUUGUGUUCCGGCUGCGUCUCUGAUCCGGCAAGUCGAAGCCCUCCAGAUCAGAUACACAAGACUUCUAUUCAUGCUGGAGCACGACGCAUCAAACUCAACAGAGCAGAUGGAGCGGGACAGGAAGUCAGGUUUCACCAAAACAAAAUGAAAACAUCCGGUUAAUUUUCAGAAUAAAACACUCUGUGUUAUCACCAGAUCGUAUUUCACUUAACUACAACAACAAACCAAAGUCAUGAUGAGCGGAGCCAGGCCUGGAGUCAACAGGUCAGAGGUUUUCAGAGGACCAGAAAGACAACAUGGAUGAGGAGAGGAGGAGGAGGAGGAUCCUUGAUUCAGGGAUUACAGCGGGGAAACCUCGGUCACAUGACUCCAGCUGUCCGGCGGUCCUGCUCCGUGCUGCGUUCUGAAAACACAACCGGUGGGUGUUGAUGGACGAGAGAGCAUGGAGACGGACCGGAUAUGGAUUUGGUGGCGGUCUAAUGUAAGAGGACUCAUUAACGCAGCUUAUUAAUAAGUGAAUUAUGACCUUAUGGGGACGUCAGGGGCGCUGGAGGAUCCUCCUUUGACUCCAUCCUGCCUUAAAUUCAUUAAACCUUAUUUGAGAUUCAAUCACUGAUAAAAAAAAAAAAGUUUUAAAGACUACAACAUUUAAUUUUUGUGGGAAACUCAUUCACAAAUGAUUCUACUGAUAUAAAGAUAGUCUCAUGUUUUAAUAUUUCUCUCAACGAGGAGCUUCAGGAACAUGAUACGAGAUGUUUUCCUCUUCACUCUGAGUUCACUCUCAUGAGGAGGACUCUGAUCUCUCCAGCACACCAUCAUUAUUUUAGCCUCAACCACAUCCCCCAGGAUCCAGACCUGAUCGCCACCAUCAGUGCUGGACCUCACUGAUGCUCUGGCGUCUGAAGUCUCUGCAGCGGGUUCAACAUCCGGAGGAAAGACUGAAAGCAGCUGCACACACGAGGCUGUCCACACAGUCGGACACAUUCUGUACGAUAAAGUUCUCUGCUCCUGGAAUCAAACCUGCGUCGUUCCAGCUCCUGAAACACUUCGGAUCUAAUCUGUUUUUAAAUGUUUGUAUGACCGACCUGCAGAACUUUUUAUACUAACACUUGGCUGAAGGGGAUUUCUGCGUUGUUGUUGACAAGAGGAGAGUUUGUAUGAACGUCCACUUUGAUUUGAGUGUAUCUUUAUUCUCUUACGACGCACAGGUGUCAUUAAAACAUCUGAAAAUGCUUCUUUACUACAAGAAAUGUGUGCCGUGCUUUUCUUUAAAUCUUAUUAAAUCACAGGUUCUGUCGGGAACGACAA